CUGAGCCUAGAAAAAAAAGGGUAUAGAGAAACUGGAUACAGCAGGAAUAAUGGCGGAUCCAGUUGAUGAGAGGAAAGAAGUUAAUGGAGAGAAAAAUAAAACUAAUCUAGAGGAAGAAAUAGUGAUUAUAGAACCGGAAAAAACUAUGCAAGACCGGAAGUUGUCAUGGGCGAAGCUUCGCCAUGUAGACUCGCUCCACUUGGAGGCUGGGAGAGUUUCAAAUGGUUGGAUGAACCACACUGCGAAGAUGGAUUGGAGAACGACGUUGAGUCUGGCAUUCCAGAGCUUAGGAGUGGUGUACGGGGACAUAGGGACAUCUCCACUUUACGUGUAUGCAAGCACCUUCAGCGACGGAAUCCAGAACAAUAACGACAUACUGGGCGUGUUGUCUCUCAUAAUUUAUACACUAGUUCUCGUACCCUUGAUUAAAUACGUGUUCAUUGUUAUUCGGGCCAACGAUAAUGGUGAUGGGGGAACCUUCGCGCUCUACUCCUUGAUAUGCCGGUAUGCGAAGGUGAGCUUAAUUCCAAAUGAUCAACCGGAGGACAGGGAGCUGUCUAACUACAGACUGGACACGCCAUCGAGACAGUUGAAGAGGGCUCAAAAGAUAAAAGAAAAACUGGAGACAAGUAAGGUGGCUCAAAUCGCGCUCUUUCUUAUCACUAUUCUGGCGACCUCCAUGGUGAUCGGGGAUGGAGUUCUUACUCCAUGUAUCUCAGUGCUUUCAGCGGUCAGCGGAAUCAAGCAGUCAGCGAAAUCCCUUCAUCAAGACACCAUAGUCGGAAUUUCUGUAGCAAUUUUGAUCUGUCUCUUUGCUGUUCAGCGCUUCGGCACUGACAAAAUUGGCUACUCAUUUGCACCAAUCAUCAUAUUGUGGUUUUCUUUCAUUGGUGGCAUUGGUCUCUACAACUUAUUCAAGCACGAAAUCGGUGUUUUACGUGCUUUCAAUCCAAAAUACAUUAUAGACUACUUCAAAAGAAACGGCAAACAAGGAUGGAGAUCUCUAGGUGGUAUUGUGUUGUGCAUUACAGGCACUGAAGCCAUGUUUGCUGACUUGGGUCACUUCUCAGUCCGAGCCAUUCAAAUAAGCUUCUCCGGAGUUGUUCUUCCUGCACUGCUAUGUGCCUAUAUUGGUCAGGCUGCAUACCUCACCAAAUUCUCUGAUAAAGUUUCUGAUACUUUCUACGCUUCCAUUCCAAAUCCAUUGUACUGGCCAAUAUUUGUUGUGGCUGUUGCUGCUGCCAUCAUUGCCAGCCAAGCCAUGAUAUCUGGAGCAUUUGCAAUCAUAUCCCAGUCGCUAAGUUUAGGUUGUUUUCCGAGGGUGAAGGUGGUUCACACCUCCACCAAAUAUGAAGGGCAGGUUUACAUCCCCGAGAUUAACUACAUUCUCAUGAUCGCCUGUGUUAUAGUUACUGUCCUCUUCAAAACUACAGAAAAGAUCGGCAAUGCAUAUGGCAUUGCAGUGGUUGCUGUAAUGGUGAUUACGACACUUUUAGUUGUUCUCAUAAUGCUCAUGAUAUGGAAGACAAAGAUUUGGUGGAUCACACUGUUCUUUCUGGUGUUUGGUUCGAUAGAAUUCGUAUAUCUGUCCUCCGUCCUGUCUAAGUUCGUACAAGGAGGCUUCCUACCGCUGGUCUUUUCAGUUGUGUUGAUGGCUAUAAUGGGCAUAUGGCAUUAUGUUCACAGAGAAAGAUACGUGUUCGAGCUGAGCCACAAGGUUUCCGGUGAAUUUGUAAAAGAUUUAGCCAAGAACCCAGCUAUAAGCAGGGUGCCCGGAAUUGGACUUCUAUACUCGGAGCUUGUGCAGGGAAUUCCACCAAUAUUUCCCCAUUUUAUUGCUAAUAUACCAUCCAUCCACUCAAUCCUAGUGUUCGUCUCUAUAAAGCACAUACCAAUCAGUAAAGUUGCCCCGGAGGAGCGGUUUCUAUUUCGACAGGUUGAGCCCAAAGAAUAUUGGAUAUUUCGGUGUGUCGUGCGCUAUGGAUAUAAGGACCUUAUUGACAAGCCGGAGGUCUUUGAGCGUCAACUGGUGCAAUACUUGAAAGAAUUUAUCCGCCAUGAACACUUCAUAUUCGAAGGUAUUCCUUCUCAUCAUCAACAAAAAGCAGCAGCUCUGGAGCCUGCUGAUGAGGAAAUGAGCCUCACGUAUUCCAGUCUACUAUCAAAAGACGGGGUGUUACGUGGAUCAGGGCGGUCAUCAUCAAGAGUGCGUGUUGAUCAGGAACCCAUGCAACAAAACAUCCCAUCAGCUCGUAGUGUUUCAUCGGAAUCUACCAUCAAUACAGUGGUUGCUCGAUCAACAAAUUGUUCGAAUCGAAUAGUGAGUGGGCCCAUACAAAGUGCUGAAGAGGAGAUGCAGUUUAUUCAGAGACAGUUGGAUAAUGGGGUGGUGUAUCUCUUGGGAGAAGCAGAAGUGGUGGCCGAAGAGGAAUCCUCCUUGUUCAAGAAGUUGGUCGUCAACUAUGGCUACAAUUUCCUGAGGAGGAACUUCCGACAAGGAGAGAAGACAAUGUUGAUUCCACGGGAAAGGCUCCUCAGGGUUGGAAUGACAUAUGAGAUCUGAUUUGACAUAGAUGUAGUAGUCUAUCAAUCAUUACUCGUUAGAACAUAUAUUAUGCGUACGUACGACUCCUGAAUCUCGUCUGUACCAUAAACUUAUCUCGGAUAAUUAAAUAAGUUAGUUUUCUCCUUUUCGGAGAAAAGAAUGUAUAUUGCAAAACAACACCUUGGCUUUUGGGACAUACUUAUUUCAGAAACGGAGAUGCCAAAUAAAUAUCAAUAAAUAUCAGGUGAUGAAAUGCAAGAUUAUGUCAA